CCUGGGGCUGCGGGGAGUGCGGGGAGACGGAGAGUUCGGUGGAACCCUGGCGGCGAAGCCGAGCAGCGGAUUGGCCAACGGCUCCUUUCAACCCUGCCUCGUUGGUGGCCACUGGAGAAGCGCGGGGGGCUCCCCAGACAGCCGUGGGGACAAGUUAGAGCCAACACUUUACCCCGGGCCUCGCGUGUAGCUUUCCCUCCCCUGUUCUAGGUGCCCCAGUGUCCAGAGGGGGGUGCGGGUGUGCCCUCCUUACAUGUUCCACUGCCUGGGCAACCCUUCGGUCUCGUGUUCCAUCUCGCUCUUGCUUCCUGUAUCGUAGUCAAGUGGAGCCACUUUGCAUCAUGUCCCGGUAUAGCUACCAAAGUCUCCUGGACUGGCUCUAUGGGGGCGUCGACCCCAGUUUUGCAGGCAAUGGGGGCCCCGACUGUGCUGCCUUCCUGUCUUGGCAGCAGCGGCUGCUGGAAAGUGUGGUGGUCCUGACCCUGGCCCUGUUGGAGAUCCUGGUGGCCCUGCGGCACAUCCUGAGGCAGAAGGAGCACGGUAGGGGUGGCCGUAGCAGCCAGCCACAGCAGGUGACCCAGCGGCCAGAGGAAGGCAAGGAGAGCCUGAGCAAGAAUCUGCUCUUAGUAGCCCUGUGCCUGAUCUUCGGGGUGGAGGUGGGCUUUAAGUUCGCCACCAAGACCGUCAUCUACCUGCUCAACCCUUGUCACCUGGUCACCAUGAUGCAUAUCUUCCUCCUGGCCUGUCCUCCAUGUCCGGGAGCUACCGUCAUCUUCAAGUUACAGAUGCACAUGUUGAAUGGAGCUCUUCUGGCAUUGGUGUUUCCUGUGGUAAAUACCCGGCUGCUCCCCUUUGAACUAGAGAUUUACUACAUCCAGCAUGUUAUGCUCUACGUGGUCCCCAUCUACCUGCUUUGGAAAGGAGGUGCUUACACCCCAGAGCCCCUCAGCAAUUUCCAGUGGGCUCUUCUCUCGACUGGCCUCAUGUUCUUUUACCACUUCAGCAUCCUGCAGAUCCUCGGCCUGGUCACCGAAGUGAAUUUGAACAACAUGCUGUGUCCGGCCAUCUCAGACCCAUUCUACGGCCCCUGGUAUCGCAUCUGGGCCUCGGGACACCAGACUCUCAUGACCAUGACCCACGGGAAGCUGGUCAUCCUGUUCUCAUACAUGGCUGGGCCCUUGUGUAAAUACCUGCUGGAUUUGCUCCGGCUUCCAGCCAAGAAAAUAGACUGAAGGUGCUUGGAUUUUUGUUUUGUUUUAGUUCUGUUUGGUUUUUUUUUGUUUGUUUUUGUUUUGUUUUGUUUCUCCCUGAGGAAGCAAAUCCUGACUUGACUCAGAGAAUACCCAGCUCUUGACGAAAUCAUUUGAGAGGGCAAAUAGGAUGCUUGGUUUCUUUCCUUUUUCCCUCCUCUCUGUCCCUUUCUUCCACUACUCUUCCCUCCCCAGCUCCUCCCCUUGGAUGACUCUUGGUGCCCAGGGAAGGUACUGGGGGCUGGAGCUUACUUCAUUUCCUCCCUUGGGUUCUGGGUCUCUACUGUGCCCCACUCGACUGCGUGGCCUUACCCAGGGAAAUGGUAGUCAGGGGCCCCUUUCCAAUGGCUUGUUGGUGCAUUUAACAACAGCUAGUUGAGGAAAGAGGGGACCACAAGCAGUAGUUCUUCCAACAUCCCAGCAAUGAAAUAGUGUUGGGUUCAUUUCUCCACUGCCAGGGACCUCCAGGCUCAUGCUGGGAUCCCCUUUAAUCUCCAGCAUAGCCCCCACCAGAAGGGGACCAAGGCCUUGCUUCUAUACCAGCCGCAAGCCCAGAGCCAAGGGACUUCCCAGUUCACAGCCAAAAUAGAUCCUUCCAGUGACUGGUGUCCCAUGACUGAAAGCAGGGAGCUACCCAGCCACUCCUUCUAGGGUGCUGCCUGGGGUGGAUGGUGAUAGCAACGUGCAGCCAAAGGGCAAGAUUCUGUACAGGGGUGUUGGAGAUCUGUUGCCACAGUGAAUCUGAAGUAGAGAGGGUAAAGGUUUACAUAGUACCAAGCUAGACUAACCGCCCCCCCCCCCCCCAGGAAAAAAAAAACAACUUUCCCUAUGAAAGUUGAGAUCAGAUCCAUAUCUAAAACAAGCAUAGAAAUUGAGAAAUCAACUAAGUCAAGUGGCAAUUUGCGAAAGCCGUGAUCUGAAUCACACUCUGUAUCAUAUGGAUAAUAGACAGGGUUCUAGUCUCAGCUGCCCCUUCAACCCAUCCUCAUUGUCUGUGUAUUGUGUUUGUCUGUUUUUCUGUCUGAGGCAGCUUCAUGAAAGAACGAGCUGGAGUUGGUUGGGGCUUGGGUGCUGUUUGUCUUUUGGAUGUUUGAAAUGGGGGAACCCUCACAUUUCUCUAAAGUACUCUAGAGCCAUCCCUGGCCCUUAGAAGAUGUGUUCAUGGUUCCUGAAGGCAGUUUUAUGAGGGUUAGAUUUCUUUCAUGUGGCUCGACUCUGCUGAAGUGUUCUGUGUGGGGAGGUAUCACUGGUUUUGCGGCUUGACAAUGUCCAAGACCCAUGUGUAGGUUGAAAAGGAACUCUGGGCCCCAUAGGUAGAGGUUCAAGUGCUCUGAAGGGAGGAUCUUUGGUUGAAAGAUACUUGGUUGUGUGUGGACCACACAAAGGGUACCAGUGUCUGUGUAUUUGCUGACUCCGUGUCAACUUCUAGUAGGAAGAGUUUUGCUUAGCAAUAGAGACGUUUGUACCGUGACCACUCCAUUGCCUUGUGCCAGAUGCAGCAUUCAAUGUGAGUUUGUGGGUAUUAGGCCUAAGCUGAACUUCAGUGGCUUGGUGGCCAUGGCUUUACACAAUGGACUUGCAGGGGAAGCACCUGCAGGAGAGCAAAUGGAAACUAAGACAAGCUGUUCUGGGAGGGGCCACCUGGCCAUGAGGUGAUCUAUGGUUGCUGCUCUUGAGCUCCUGCUAUGGCAUCUUCACUCUCUGCCAUCUGUGAGGGCUGUGCCAAGCUCCCCUAGCUGUCUCUUCAGGUACUGACUUGCCCUGCCCACUCAUAGAAGUCAGUGGAUGAAUAGAAUGCAGAAAAGCCUCCUUAGCCUUGGGCCUUUCUAUAAGAGUAUGGAGAGAUCAUAGGAGGGGAAUCUAUGAGGCCUGAGGCAGCUGUUGCCAUAACAUGGAGCUGCUACCUGCAGUGAUGGAAGGCCUCAGUUGAGGGGACCAACUCCAGAAUGCCACAGAGGUGGGAGUGCCACACUUCUUUCCCAUCUGAGGCUUCAUGGUCCAGGUUGCCAGGCAGCUUGGGUUUCCCUGCAUUGGCAUGCCUCCAGUAGCUUACCUCUGCUUUGGUGCCAGCUCAGCAGACCAUUUUCUGGUAGGCAUUUUCUGUUGCUUAGAGGAAGAGAGGAAUUUCAAAACCAUGUUGCCUGGCAUGGCCAAGCCAGCAUCACGAAUACAUGUUAGGAAGGAGGAAGUGAAGGGGACAUGUAGGGGCCUAGGUUGGCUCAUACUUAAGGAAGCUAAAUGAAACAGAUUGUAGCUCCUUUAACAGACUCCAUAAGGAGUCUAAGCCUGGGUUUGAGAUGUUGGGGAACAGGAAACCUCUUCACUGUCUAUAUAUCUCACCCUUAGCUUGGUGCAGACCUACAUGGAAAGAGGUAACCUGCCUAGGCUCUUGGCAGUUUGCCAUGGGAGUUGUCCCUAGGUACGUAUGGCCUGCAGCCUACCCUCUACUGUCUGUGGUACAGGGACAGAGAAGAUAGGUUGUCCUGACUUUGCAGCUCCUCCUCAGGCCUGUCGUUUUUCUAACCACCUUGGCCAAAGUUUUCUAUGUGCUCUACCAGCAUGUGUGAGAGUAGCUAGCUAGCAAGAGGGAACAGUAUAUCUUCAAGCCCUCGUUGUCCUUGGUCAGGAGGCUGCGCCAACAAGUACAGUUGGCUAAGCCAGCUUCUCUGCUUAAAGGUCCUUCCUGCCCCCAGAAUUUGGUUUUAUGUAUAUAAGACUUGGCCCAACAUCUUCUCAGGAACCCUAGCAGCAUGUUUUCUGUCAUCCUGUGACACACUGUGGGGUUGUGGAUUUGCCACCUCCACUGAAUCUGUCUUCUGUCUCAUUAUGGACUUCUUUGUGCCUGUAGGGGUGGUCUAUGGAGUUUGUGUGGGCUAAGUAGGGUUGGCUAUGCACUUUAUUCUCUGGUUCCUCAGCCUACCUGUCAGACCAUCCCUUUUGCUGUAGCCUCUGUCAGGGGUUUGCUAUGUGCGAUCAUGGAUGAUUCCGUGUUUUUGUGAUGUGACUAUAAGUUUCUCCUGGAUAACUAGCUCGAUGUCAGCAGGCCUCUAUACAGUGAAACUGGGGUUGGGUAAUGUCCUGAGCUGGGUUGGGCUGAGUGUUCAGGAGAUGAUGGCAAAGGGCCCCUUUUAAUUCUCCUGCUGCCAAAUAGACUUCCCUGGGAAUUCUGUCACCUGUCCUCUUUGGGACAAGGGCUUCUUAAUGAUUUCUACUGCAAGGGAGGCCAGAGGUGAGAAAAGGAGGAAUUCUGAUGCUAUUAGAAAAGACACUGCUUCUGGUUUUAGUGAGACGGGACCAGGCCUCUCCAGCAACUUGGGAAGUUCCCAGACUAGGAAGGGGUAUCCUGUCUCCUCCUGGCCCUGCUGUCUCUGAGGCAAAAGUCCAUUAGAGGAGUCAGUCUUCCUCUGGUAUGUGUAACGAGCUCAUUGUGGGCAGGAAAACCAAAUUGCUUGCUGUUGCCCUUGUCUGUGACACUUUUGUACACUGAUUUGCCACUCAUGGCACUGAGCAGACACCCAUCCCUAUUCAAUGAAAAAAAAAUCAAAAACCAAAAUCCUUUGAAGCAGAAGAUGAUGUUUUGGAAAACUCUUGAUUUAUUUUGGCGUCAACAGUAUGUUAGAUUUGAAAGCAUUCCUCAUUUAUUUGGUGUAAUUGUAGCGAAGAGAACAGGACUGAAUGGUGUUCAAUUAUUUCUUCUGGGACAUUGGUGAAAGCCUGUCCCCCAUCCUUCUUCUCAAGCUGAGACUGUCGUGUACUGUCACCUUCAUGUGCAGGGCUCUUCUGAGAGCCAGUCUCUGAACUCCCUAGAUGGCAGCAAAAUCGAGCCUCUUUGUAAGGCUGCUUCUGGGGCACUCUUCCCCACCCCUCCAGUCUACCUCCCCUCUUUGGGUGUUUUUUGUAAUGUGCUUUCUCUGUUUUGUAAAAUCCAGUUGAUUGUAAUGAAGUGGUUUCUGCAGCCACCUUUUGGAAAUAAAUGGUCCUUAAUUUGUGUACUUAGCAUUUUGAAUCUUAGCCUCAGGUGUUUCUGCUGUUGAAGAUUCCCGAAUGAAAAGAAGCCCUCCCCAUGGGACUUAUUGUUACAAUGUUUUCUUCAUUUACUGAUAUUAAAGGAUUUAUGAGAA